CAAGGAAACAGGGACCGUCACAACAAAGUGAGCCGCCCACUUUCGCAUCCGGUUACGUCUCGCUACAUCCGUCUGUACCCAAAAGCAUAUGAAGGAUGGGUCGCCGUGGCGAUGGAGGUGUACGUCACAAAUGAUGAAAACGCUUGGCUGAAUCAAGGAGGGUACGUCCCUUUAGGCGUGGGACUUGAUCCCAACGAUCCUGGUCUGGUUCCGAAGAUCUCAGACUACGCUCUGCACGCCUCCUCGCGCGCUGACGACUCCCUCCCGCGCCACGCCCGACUGAACCACGGGCAGGGCCAGCAGCUGGGGGCCUGCUGGUCUCCUGCUGAAGACCUGCACACGGACCAGUGGCUGCAGAUUCAGCAUGACAGGUCGUACAUAGUUGCCGGUGUCAUCACCCAGGGAGCUUACAACCUGGACCGCUGGGUGACGUCAUACAAGCUGGCCUUCCGGUUCCGCCAGGAUGUCCCGACCUGGAAUAUCUACACAAACAGCGAGGGGGAAGAAAAGGUUAAAUCAAGUUAAUCAAUGUGUAUAAGUACUUUUGCGGUGGUUUUAAUUUCGCGGUAGCACCAUGUCCUGUAGUCUCUGC